GUGACACAAACCAGGAGCUCGGAUAUCCAUUUCAGCCGUGCGACAGGUAUAACAUGCACUUUCACUUUGGAGUAACUUCGGCCAAGUCGGUGGCAAUCUUGUGACACACUGUGUGUCCCGAAGCGGCGUGACAAGUUGGGAGAAGGGGAAAAAACGCUCUGGCAUCACUAUUUUUAAAUGGGUACGGCGAGAGUUGGGGGGCGUGGACGGUAGAGGAGCAGCAGUGAGCAUGUUGGCUCCUGGCUGCAGCUCCAGUGUGGUGAUGUGCCGGGUGCAGGAACUGGACUACGCGUAGACUGAGCGGCUUUUGGACCCAGAACCGGGAGGUUGCCGUCAAUUGUCGGCAGCCGACUUUCUGUCAUUUUGAAGCCCGUUUUGGAUCAUUUGGAUUUAUCUUUUCAUCGCACUGUCGUUCCGCGAUACAGAGGACUACAAGGAAGCGGGAUCAGCCGUGAAAACGACGCAGCAGCUGCCGUGCGUAACGGACGAAAUCUGGGAAAGCAGCUAUUUGAAUGACAAUAGUUUGAGCAACGGCAAGCUUAUUUGUUAAAGAACUCCUUAUUAUUCGGAUUGACUGUGCAUGGUAGCCUAAGUCAAUUACAUGCUAAAAUGACGUUUGGGAUUUGAAAGCUGUUUAAGUGAAACUGAAGUGAUCCCAAUGUGUACAUAUUGACAGGUGUUACAGUCAUACUGUCCGUCAGGCUGAGCCUUUAAUUCACUUACAGCUCUGUUUUUAUGUCUGCAAACACCGCGGACAAAACAGGUUUAGGUUAACUAACAGUUGGUAUGGAUAAUCCGCAAACUAUUUAAUUCAGUUACCUUUACUUCGCUAAUACUCAAAGAUAGGACAUUGUUUUAGCGACCUUAUCAUGAGUUUGAAACGCCGCAUGGGAAAGUAACCAUUACUUUGACUUUUCCCCACCAAGUUGUAGCCAAUCUGGCAACAGCCAAAAUGACAAGCAACGGACCUGUCAUCGUUUUCGAGUGGCUGAAGACCCUCCAGCUUGCCCAGUACGUCGAGGCUUUUGUGGAUAAUGGAUAUGACGAUCUGGAGGUUUGCAAACAAAUAGGCGACCCCGACCUGGAUGCCAUCGGCGUCUACAUGCCUCACCACAGGGAGAGGAUUCACGACGCGGUGAGAAGGCUAAAAGAUGAAGCCAACGAGACGGCCAGCGGACUCUACUUCACCCUGGAGCCGAUGCCACCCGCAGCCGAGCUUUAUACCAGUCACAUGGUGGACCAGUACGAGUCCAAACUGCGGGGAUCCAAGUCCUGGACAGAGCCCAACAGUGAGCGGGUUGGGCGCAACGGUGGGUACAUGGGCGCUCAGAGGAACCUGACGCUGGGCAACAGGAGGGAGCUGGUGAUUUACCCCAAGCUGAAGCUGAAGAUCAUGAUCAGGGAUAAGCUCAUCAGAGAUGGCAUCAACCUCUCCAAGCCACCCUACUCUAAUAAGUGUGGGUGGAUCAACCAGGCCCAUGAGGAUAUAAGCCCUGGCUCUUUGCUGUGA